UCGUGUACUUCCGGUUCCACCAGGGAGGCGAUUUUCCUUUUUCUUGGAAGAAGCGAGCUCCCUCAAACCACCCCAAGAUGAUGGAUUUCGGCUUCUUGGACGAUGUGCGCCGGAUGAACAAACGGCAGCUGUACUACCAGGUGCUGAACUUUGCCAUGAUCGUGUCGUCUGCACUCAUGAUCUGGAAAGGUCUGAUGGUGGUGACAGGAAGCGAGAGUCCGAUUGUGGUCGUUCUCAGUGGCAGUAUGGAACCAGCCUUCCACAGAGGAGACCUGCUGUUCCUCACUAACUACCAGGAAGAUCCCAUUCGCGUGGGGGAGAUCGUAGUCUUCAAAGUGGAGGGACGGGACAUUCCAAUUGUACACAGGGUCAUCAAGCUGCAUGAAAAGGAAGAUGGCACGGUGAAGUUCCUGACAAAAGGAGAUAACAACUCUGUGGAUGACCGGGGCCUGUACGCUCCAGGACAGCUCUGGCUCCACAGGAAAGAUGUAGUGGGGAGAGCUAGGGGGUUUGUGCCUUAUGUUGGGAUAGUGACCAUCUUAAUGAAUGAUUAUCCAAAAUUCAAGUAUGCCAUCCUAGCCUGUUUAGGUGCAUUUGUACUCAUACACCGAGAAUAACACAUGGAGUAGAGUCGGCUGGAAGCAUUCCCUAACAAGUGUUAACAAGUGCAGUAAGAGGAUACCAAACUUUGUACAGCCAUUACAUCAGGUGUCAUGAAAACAGCAUGGUUCAGACAUGAACUGUCAUGAAAAGUGGCCAAUAUUUUCAUAAUUGGCAUGGAAAAUUCUGAAUGUUGUCCAUAGCCUAGUUUACAAUACCAUACUUGUGUUUCGAUUACAAAAACGUUUUGAGACUGAAGUAUAUAUAAAGUUUAAAAAAGGUCUAUAAAGGUAUGACAUGGAAAGUUAUGAAAGUUGUAAUUUCAUGGCACAGAUAUGAAAUUCCAUGUAGGUUCCAGAUGAAAAAAGUUUUUCCACAACGUACUUGUACAGUCAGUGAUUUGAUUGUUCCUUGUAUGUAGCUUAAUAUUUUCUGAUGGU